AUGAUAGUGCAGAUUCCAGAUGUACUCCCCUACAGCUAUUACCCCGUACGGGACGCCCACACACUUCACGCUCCGUCUGUUCUGCGUCCAACCGCAACUGUUGGACGCGCCUACUCGGACGGCACCGUGGCGGCGCUUACCGUCUUGAGCCAGAACGAGACCACCACGUCAGAGCUCUCCCUCCAGCAGCACCUCGACAUCGCGCCCGACCUGGUGGCCUAUAACAGCAUCCCCGCCGAGGGACAAUCCGAGCCGUUGAUGAUGGCACAGUCAGUGCCUCAUCAGGCCACGGACAAGAAGCGCGUCAAGGUCUACGAGCUUCGCAACCAUGACUGGUUCGACCGUGGUACCGGCUUCUGCAUGGCCAUCUUCACAGAGACACCAGAAGGCCGCAAAGAACCAAAAGUGAUCGUCGAAUCCGAAGACCAACCCGACCGACUUCUCCUGGAAACCAAGAUCCACAAGGAAGAUGGCUUCCAGAAGCAGCAAGACACACUCAUUGUGUGGCAGGAACCCGGAACACACAUCGAUAUGGCACUGAGUUUCCAGGAAGCCGAGGGCUGCUCAUUGAUAUGGCAUUUCGUCAGCAACGUCCAGCAGGCCUUCCAGAACAGCCUUGGAGGAGCAGACGACAGCUUGUCCGAGGAUAUCACGAUUGAAGGACCGCUGACAAUCACGCUACCGGCCGCCGAACUCGGAAACCUGCCAGAGAUCGAGUCGAGCAUGCGCAUCAUGAGCUCGACGGCUAACGGGCGGGACGCUCUGUCGAAAUCCAUCAUGGCGGACGACUACAUCAGCAAGCUGAUACCGCUGGUCGAGAUGGCCGAGGACCUAGAGAGCUUGCACGACCUGCACAGGCUGUGCAACAUCAUGAAGACGAUACUGCUGCUCAACGACACCUCCAUCAUCGAGCACGCCGUGUCGGAUGAUUGCGUCCUCGGCGUAGUCGGCGCCCUCGAGUACGACCCGGACUUCCCGAGUCACAAGGCCAACCACCGCCACUGGCUCGACAACAAGGGCCGGUACAAGGAGGUGGUGCCCAUCGAGGACGCUCAGACACGCCACAAGAUCCACCAGACGUACCGAUUACAGUACCUCAAGGAUGUGGUGCUGGCGCGUAUCCUCGACGACCCGACCUUCUCGGUGCUCAACUCGUUAAUCUUCUUCAACCAAGUCGACAUAGUGCAGCACCUGCAGGGUAACGCGUCCUUCCUGGCCGAGCUGUUUGGCAUUUUCAACUCCACGUCGGAUCCGGCGACAACCCCGCCCAGCGACAAGAAGAAGACGGAAGCUGUGCUCUUCAUCCAGCAGUGCUGCUCAAUCGCUAAGAACAUCCAGCCGCCGGCCCGCCAGAGCCUGUACAACAACUUCCUCGUCCACGGACUCUUGCUUGUCAUCAACUUUGGCCUCAAGAGCGGCGACGUCCGGGCCCGCGUCGGCGCCACCGACAUCCUCAUCUCCGUCAUCGAUCACGACCCCCAGAUGAUCCGCCACACCAUAUACCGCCAGAUGAACGAAGACCAACCGCCGCUGACGGACUCCCUCAUCGACCUGCUCCUCGCGGAGGUGGACCUGGGCGUCAAGGCGCAGAUAUCCGAGGCCAUCAAGGUCCUGCUCGACCACGGCAUCCCCCUGCACCAGCAGCAGCAGAUGGCCGAGAAAUUCGCCGCACAAGGCGGAGGCCCCAACGGCGCCGCCGAGUUCGCCAGGCAGAGGGCUCAGGCCACGGACCCGCAGCACGAGCUGUUCCUCACGCGCUUCUACGAGAGCUCGGCCCUCCGGCUGUUCAAGCCGCUGAUCGACCUCGAGAAGCGCACCGACCUGACCUUCCCGGCUCAGCAGGCCUCCAUGUUCAGCCACCUCAUCGAGAUCCUGUGCUUCUUCAUCCGCCAGCAUCACCAGUACAGUCGCUUCUUUGUGCUCAACAAUAACAUUGUGCCGAGGGUGUGUCAGCUUCUCGGAUCGCCCGACAAGUUUCUGCAGCUUGUCGCCAUCCGAUUCGUCCGUACCCUGAUCAGCAUGCAAGAGGAAUUCUUCAUUCGACACCUAGCAGAGAAGCGCGUGCUGGGACCGAUCCUAGAGGUGCUCUCACGAUCCAUCUCACGCGAUAAUCUGCUCAGCUCAGCCUCGCUGGAACUCUUCGAGUACAUCAAGAAGGAAAAUAUCAAGGACCUGAUCAAGUACCUGGUCGAGAACCACCGGGAGCAGAUGAUACAGGUGUCGUACAUGUCGACGUUCUGCGACAUGGUGACGCGCUACGACGAGACGGGGGGGUACACCUCUAACGUGGACUACUUCCUCGAGACGGACGAGGACAUGGGCAGCACUAACAGCGCCAGCGUCAGCAGCAGUGCUAGGAAGCACCAGCCGGCCCCCAACGUCAGGAUGAUGGAGCACAUAUCCAUCGACCCGGCAGAGGAAGAGUACUGGAACACGUCUGAUCCAGAAGACGACGACGACGACAAGAACAGCAACAGCAACGGCAACGGCAACGGCAACAAUAACCACAACAACCACACCCAACAACCAGCAUCAUCAGACUCAAACGGCGCAAGCACACCUAGCAGUAAUUACUCCAAACUAGUCGACUACCCAUCGGACGAAGAUAACGAAGAAGAGGGAGAAGAGGGGGAGGAAGAGGAGGAGGAGGAGGUGGUGGAGGAGGAGGAACAAGCGCAAGGAGAAGACGACAAUCUGGAAAAUAUCGAUCCCGCCACCGCCACCGCCACCGCUGCUGCAUCCACCCCAUCCCCCGCAUCCGCAUCCGCACCACCCAAACGUCGCAGGGAAGAAGACGACGAAGAAGAAGACGAGAUGGACAGACUAUCACACAGCAAACGACGAAACAGCACAACAGCGGCAACGGCACCAUCCGACUUGCCAUCGACGGCAGCAGUUCGUCGACGCAAGAGCUUCUCCCCAUCCACCUCGUCCUCCUCCUCAUCAUCGGGUAGUAAGUCGUCUACCAGGAAGAUGACGAUAAGUCUAUCAUCUACCGCCCUCAAAUCGGGUGGAGGCGGUGAUGAUCGAUCAUGA